CUCAAAUGACCCUGCCAUCUUCAAACGUCUCUCUGUCUCUCUAUUUAAAUAUUAAAUUAAUAAGUGCAUUAGUGGCAUGAUCGGUUAAUAAUAUUGUCAAAGAUCAAUACAGAGAAAUGAUUUGUUUAACUGUCAUGCCUGUCAAUCUCUGUCUCUCCUCCCACCUGUGUGUCGUCAUGGUGACGCGCGCUCAUACCUGAGCCGCCGGAGAGUGAGUGCACGCGGGAGAGAGGGAUGCUGCUGCCAUGGCAACAGACCUUCAUGCGCUCACAGAUUGAUUUCUGAUUGAUUUAAUGUCGCGUGCGUCCGUUACCGUCACGAAGAUCCGGAUCUAAUAAACUGUGACUGAGCUCAAUAAAGUUCACACUGACCGAUCUGACGGACUCGGAGACAUCCUCCUCAAACACGGGAUUAAACGCGCUUGAGGAUGUUUGGCGGUGUGAAGAAUAACGCGCUUUCAGACGCGCCCCGGUUCAUUUCUCCGGUCAUUCUCGGUUUGUUUCUCCUGUUGCGCAUCUGAAUGUGUCAUCAUGAUGAUGAUGAUGAUGAUGAUUAAGCGCCUGAUCCGCGUGUGUAUGUGUGUGUGUCCUUGUCAUUGAUAGAUUAAUCUGUCGCUUCUUCAAAUUAAUUCUUAUAUAACCGCAUAUGUUGAGCGGAGAGCGCGAGACAUCACCGUGAAAGCCAGAGGCGGGGGUCACCGAAUCAGUUCGGUCCGGAGAUGUGUUCGGCCGGUGUCGGAGAGGUUCGGGCCUCAAGGACACGCGCGAGGAGGAAUGAUGAAGAAUGAUGGACGGCGCGUGAAUUGGGGCGCGUCAAGGGCGAAUGGAGCGUCACGGACGCGCGUUUAUUCGGCGGAUCAAGGGCGUUUGAACCUGAUGAGGUCGCGUCGGAGGAGAGCAGGGCGGCGGGGCGACACGUCCUCUGGAGGAAACGUGAAGGAAAAUCUAUCUUUUAACCGGCAGUGAGGUCACUUUUCACGUGAGCCGUUUUUACCGUUCUUCAAUAAAAACGAUUAUGAAAAAUCACAAAGCCGAACAGACCUGCGAUUAUCUGACAGGAGAGUAACAAGUCAGUUUAGAGAGUGUGUGUGUGUGUGUGUGUGUGUGUGUGUGUGUGUGUGUGUUUGGGUGUGGGUGACUCGUGCCUGGCAUUGGCAUGGAUGGGGCAGGGGGCACGGGGGGUUCUGCGGGCACAGACCCUCGACCCUCACGUAACGGCGACCCUAAGCGGCGGAGUAAGAGCAGCCUGCCGUCUCCCGGUUACCGCCUAUCCCAGGCAUCUCUGGAGGGCGAUCGGGGCGAGUCACUGCCCGGGCGUCGCCGCCUGUCCGUCUUGAGCUCCACACGAGACGGUGUCCCGUUCCGACCGGCCACGAUGGCGGGAACGCCCACCACCCCUCUGCCCCUGCCGCUCCCUCCGUCGGGCUCGGCCCCGCCCACCGCUCCGCGUUCUGUGGGGUUUGUCGCGUCCCGCGCCGCUCUGGCGUCCACCUCCUCUUCCACGGGCACUGGGAUGGUCGUGGUGGCCGCCGGAACCGAGACCACCACCACUACGGCGGCCGGGACCCCCGAAGCCGGACCGGGUCUGGACGGUGAGGACUACAGCUACUCAAACCAGUCCACCUUCAUCCAGAGGCAGUUCGGUGCGAUGCUGCAGCCCGGUGUCAACAAGUUCUCCCUCCGCAUGUUCGGCAGCCACAAAGCCGUGGCACUGGAGCAGGAGCGGCUGAAAUCGGCCGGAACCUGGAUCAUCCACCCCUACAGUGACUUCAGGUUUUAUUGGGAUCUCCUCAUGCUGAUGUUGAUGGUGGGAAACCUCAUCAUCCUCCCGGUGGGAAUCACGUUCUUUAAAGAUGAGAACACGCCUCCGUGGAUCAUUUUUAAUGUGGUGUCAGACACACUCUUUCUGGUGGAUCUGGUGCUGAACUUUCGGACCGGGAUUGUGAAGGAGGACAGUACAGAGAUCCUGCUGGACCCCAAGGCCAUCCGCGAGCGCUAUCUGAAGAGCUGGUUCCUCGUGGACUUUGUGUCUUCAAUCCCAGUAGAUUAUAUCUUCCUGAUGGUUGACCUGGAAGCUCGACUGGACUCGGAGGUGUAUCGGACUGCACGAGCGCUGAGAAUCGUUCGAUUCACCAAGAUCCUGAGUCUGCUGCGACUGCUGCGUCUGUCACGACUUAUACGAUACAUCCACCAGUGGGAAGAGAUUUUUCACAUGACCUAUGACCUGGCCAGUGCGAUGGUUCGUAUUGUCAAUCUGAUUGGCAUGAUGCUGCUGUUGUGUCACUGGGACGGAUGUCUGCAGUUCUUGGUGCCCAUGCUGCAGGAUUUCCCGCUGGACUGCUGGGUGUCCAAAAACAACAUGGUGAACGACACGUGGGGCAUUCAGUACACAUACGCGCUGUUUAAAGCCAUGAGUCACAUGCUGUGCAUCGGGUACGGCGCUCAGGCUCCAGAGGGCAUGACGGAUGUCUGGCUCACCAUGCUCAGUAUGAUCGUGGGUGCCACCUGCUAUGCCAUGUUCAUAGGACACGCCACGGCCCUCAUCCAAUCACUGGACUCCUCCAGGCGACAGUAUCAAGAAAAGUAUAAACAGGUGGAGCAGUACAUGUCCUUCCAUAAGCUGCCAGCAGAUGUCAGGCAGAAGAUCCACGAGUAUUACGAACAUCGAUAUCAGGGCAAGAUGUUUGAUGAGGAGAACAUUCUGGGCGAGUUGAGCGACCCGUUGAAGGAGGAAAUUGUUGGCUUCAACUGCCGUAGCUUGGUGGCUAACAUGCCCCUCUUUGCUAACGCUGAUCCAAACUUUGUAACGGCAGUCCUCAUAAAACUGAAAUUUGAAGUGUUCCAGCCCAAUGACUUCAUCAUUCGUGAGGGAACCGUUGGACGCAAAAUGUAUUUCAUCCAGCAUGGACGAGUCAGCGUGCUCACUCGCGGCAACAGAGAGACCAAGCUUAGCGACGGCUCGUACUUUGGAGAGAUCUGUCUGUUGACACGUGGCAGGAGGACAGCAAGUGUCCAAGCAGAUACGUACUGCCGACUUUACUCCCUAAGCGUGGACAGUUUCAACGAAGUACUGGAAGAGCAUCCCAUGAUGAGACGAGCCUUCGAGACGGUGGCAGCAGACAGACUGGAUCGCAUUGGAAAAAAGAACUCAAUUUUGUUGCGUAAGACCUCUCAGGGUGGAUCAGUCGCAGGCAGCAGUUUGGGUCGUGGUGGAGGCAGUCGUGGUGGUGGUGCGGGUGGCGGUGGCGGGUGUGGGUUCUUGUGACAGUGUUCUGGUCCAACAGAUCGUAAAGCACGACAGUAUGCCCACCAUGCUGGACAUUGCUGCUGGCACCCGAGGCAGCACCGGAGGCACAGUCUCACCACGACCUCACCCAGUGAUCUGGGCA